CGGCGAUCAUCUCCACCGCCACGUCCACCUGCCUGCUCAGGGCCCGCUCCCGCCGCUGCACCUCCUGCUUCUUCUGGGACAGCUGCACGAAAGCCGCCCGCACCUCCAGCAGCUCCGCCGUCUUCUGGGCCAGCUCUUUGGACUACAUGUUGACCCAGCUCAGUGAAUGGGAAGACUUCAACUGACCUCAGCAGGCUGAAAUGAAGAAAUGAGAUGGAGGCCAAAAAUUUUGCCUUUUAACUUAGCCCUGGCAUCAGUAAGCGUUCUGGAAUGCGACAUCCAAGAGAAGAUCAACUUUGAAAUCCGCAUGCGAGAAGGCAUCUGCAAACUACUCGCAGUGAGCACACAGAAAGACCAACUCUUGCAAGCGGUUAAAAACUUGAUGGUUUGCAAUGCUCGUAUACGUGCAUACAGGACAGAGCUACAGAACCAAACCCAAGAGCUGACCCCGUGCAGAACUGGAGACCGGUCUUCAGAAAAUGGGACAAAAGACAGGGUGGCAUGCAGAGCAAGGGUUGCUAUAUCAGAUAUUCGAAUCCCAUUAAUGUGGAAAGGCUCUGAUCACUUCAGCAAUAAAGAAAAAUCACAGCGCUAUGCCGUUUUCUGUUUGUUCAGAAUGGGAGCUGAGGUUUUCGAUACAGAGGUGGCUAUUGUAGAUAAAGCAAUAACAGAUAUCUGUUUUGAAAAUGUAACCAUAUUUGAUGAAGCAAGACCAGAUUUCCAGGUGAAGGUUGAAGUGUAUAGUUGCUGUACAGAGGAGUCUUUAUAUGUAACAAACACUCCUAAGAAACUAGCAAAGAAGCUUAAAACAUCCCUCAGCAAAGCUACAGGGAAGAAACUCAAAGCUGAGCUGGAAGAAGACAGCACCGAGUCCCUUUUGCCCGCUGACCUUGUCAUCCAUGGAGCAAGAUACAGUUUGCUGGCAUAUACCACUUUGGGGCUGGAGAGUGCCGAGGACAAUUUCAGGACUCACAACCUUACCAUUGUAGGAAAUGAGGAAUCCUCUUUUUGGCUCCCCCUGUACGGAAAUAUGUGUUGCCGUUUCGUUGCUCAGCCUUCCUGCAUGGCUAGGGAUAUGAUGGCAGGAUUUCUUAAUCAGCAGCAAACGAUAGGAAGUCUCACUAGCUGGAGAAGGCUCUAUUGCGUACUAAGAGGUGGGAAGCUCUUUUGUUAUUACUCGCCAGAAGAAAUUGAGGCUAAACUGGAGCCAGCAUUGACAGUUUCUAUCAACAAGGAAACCAGAGUUCGAGCUGUGGAAAAGGACUCCAAGAGAAGAACUAAUAACUUCUCUGUUAUCAACCCCGUGUCUGGAGAGGCUUCGGUGCAACUUUUUGCUACUGACAGUAGGGAAGAACUUCAGAAGUGGAUGGAGGCUUUCUGGCAGCACUUUUAUGAUCUGAGCCAGUGGAAACAUUGUUGUGAAGAACUUAUGAAAAUUGAGAUUAUGUCACCACGGAAACCACCUUUGUUCUUGACAAAAGAAGCGACCUCUGUCUACCAUGAUAUGAGCAUUGAUUCUCCAGUGAAACAUGAAGGCUUAGCUGAUAUCAUACAAAGAAAAAUCGAAGAGAGUGAUGGUGAGUUCCUGCUUGGCCAGCAAAAAGAGUCAGCAGCUUCCUUAUGGGCUUCACUCUUUGAUGGAUCUCAUGAAAUGGUUGUUCAGAAAAAUGUGCAUCUUAGCCCAAAAAGAGAUACUACAAGUCCUAACGAUAGCAGAGGAAAGAAAAGAAGAGCUCCACCUCCACCCUCUGACAAGGCACCAUACAGUGCAAAAGCACAAGUGAACACAGAGCAAUUGGGCAAGGAAAACCAGGCGAAGUCUGACCGCACACCUGCUGGUAGUUCUUCCUUUGAUGCCAACUUAGCUACAAGAAUGCAGCAGUUGCAGACACCUGUUGCUGCUCCUUACAAAGCUGGUGCUUGUAGAAAAAGCAGCUUAGCUGGCCUUGGGAAUCCCAUUUCACUGCUUACCAAGACCAAGUCUGAAACCAAACCGGUACCAACACCUAGACAGAAAUGCAUCACAGAAAUGCUAGACCCUAGAUCAUGGUUGCAGCCAUAGACAGCAUAGUUAGCUUAGAAGAGUCCCUGGAAUUUUAAGUUUCUUGGCCUUCUACUAUAUACUUUUUUUUAGCCCGGGCAUUACUACUAGCUGCAGUCUCAGCUGUACUCAUUAUCACUAACAUCUACGUAAUUGCACUAGUAACAGGAGUUACCUCUAUCUGAAGUAACGGUGCUACUUGUGAAAAGACUGGUUCAGUGCUUUCCCCUUGAAAAGCUGGCAGUGUUCAGGGUAACUCGGUGUCCCUGCAGCAGGGAUGUCACUGUUCUCUGUUUAGCCCACUUGCAGCUCCUCAGACUGGUUCAAAUGGGAAUUUCACACACCUUCAGCACAGAUCUUGCAAAGCUGAUUUUCUUGGGCUCCAUACUUGGCUUCACCUAAAAUAUUCUUAUCUUUCCCUCCCUGUUUGGGAACCACUGCUUUUAAAUUAAUGUACUAUGACAAGUUAUUGUGCCCCCUGAAUGGCUCUGUAACUCCGUAUGAAUUUCUGAAGCAGUUCUACCAAUUUAGUGUGGGAUCUCCUAAGUUCUUGCUGGUGCGCACACUGUCCAAAUUGACCAGGGUUGUCUGUGAGCAAGAGUGUGAUCCAUCACUGCAGUUUGUUUUGGACUAAGAUGAGCAUUUAAAAGCAGGACUGCAUAUGAAGAGCUAUUCAGGCUCUCAUUUUCAUGUUGUUGUUGUUUUUUUCCUGGCUAAUGUGGCUCUGUAGCAAAGCUCUUCCUUUGUGGAGCCUCUCAGCUGUUCCUGGUCGAUAGCUGGUUUGUAAACACGGCAGUCUUACUGGUGGAAAAAUCGGGUUUUGUUUGCACUACUCGUUCUUUCAAAUAGCAGAGAAUAAGUACUUCCGGUGAAAAUAUUGAACGUGAUUAUUGAAAUAACCAACAUGUUCUCCAUUUUUGUAAGAAGCAUGGAUUAUUAGGGCUCCUGUGAUACCUGCCAAACAUUUAUUGCAUAUGAAAAGAUUCUGUUCUCCUGGAUCCACAGCGUAAAUAUCCAAACCUUUGCUUGGUUGCUCAGAUGCUGGCUCUUAUCCAUGAGCAAAUGUCUGCUCUAGAGCUUUGGUAUUCUGACCUGUGUUGAGAUGGUCGUAUCAGCAACUGUUCAUGAAUUUAACUGUAAUUUUUUCCUAAACUGCAGAUGGUUUUGGUGGCUUUACCAUUUCUCCAGAACAUUCUAUGUGCAUGAUUGGUUUCUCUGUUUAUCUAUUUGUUUUUAUUUCUGCUAGGCUCUUGGCUGCCCAGCUGUAAAGGUAUCUGCUGGAUUCCCUCAAUGCUUCAUUGGCUAUUUGGGAUGGGGCUUGAGGGGCAGCUUUCAUUUACAUAUCUUUCUGCAGGAUUAGAGCCCUUCAUUUCUAGAAUGUCCUUAUUCAUUCUUCAUUUAAUCACGUUGCAUUUUUCCCCCUGAAACAACCACAAUCAUUCUUACAAUAAAUCAUGCUGCUACUUAAGUGGAUGGUUUGUGAAAGUUUUAUAAAUAGGAACAGAAAACUGAAGAAUAACUACAUGAUUAUGUAAAUUGGACACAGUCGGCUAAGUGGACUGUACAACUCUGAACAAGAAAUAGGAAACAUGAACAGAGGGGGAGGAAAAACAUAUUUUCCAAAAUGCAGAUGCAGUUUAUUUAGCUUUAAAUCCAGCUUUAAAUGUUAUUGUGCUCUGGAAAGAAAGAAUACCUUUUUUUCUUGGUAACCCCUUUCCAUUUAGUUGUUAAUAUUUCACAAUAGAUCUCAUAAAUAUAUAAGGUAAGAAGGGCACCAUAAUGAGCAUUUAUUUUUAAAUUCAACAGACCAUUGAAUUUCAACAAGCAGUUUCGCUAUUCAGUGGCUUUGUUUUGAACUGAACAUUUUAGGAAGGCAUUUAAUAUUAAUUUAAAGUCUUCAAGUGAUGAGAAUUCACUCACAUCUCCUGUUGCAACAGUUAAUUACCCCACGUACAUUUUUCACUUGAUUUUCUAUUUGCAUUUCUAGCUCCACCUUAAGUUAUUCUGGUCUUUUUAUGCAUUUGAUUGCUUAUAUUGAUCUCUGUAGUAUCAGCUUUUCUAAUUGCUUGUGUGUAGUUAUAAAUCAUUAUUAUGUCCCUUUUAACCUUUUCUCUGAUGAGAUGUAGUGAAUUCCUUAACUUUCUUAUGGCAACAAAUGUUAUCCAAGACUAAUUAAUCUUCACGUUUUCUGUACUUCUCAUGUAUUGAAAUAUUUACAAGUGUGAUAUCUGAAUUAGAUGCCACAUGAUCUAUCAGGACCAUAUAGAGGCAUAAUGUGAUCCUCUUAUUCUAAUUAAUAACUCCUUCCCUUCCUUGCUCAAAAAUUGUAUUAUCCUUUUUUUUUGUGGAAUCAUUGCCUUGUGUGCUGACUUUUAUGGCUCAAGUCCUCUUCAGAGUCUUUUUCAAGAAUGUGGUAAAUCAUCCUCUUAUUAUCCUACCUUAUUUUUUUUAGAAAUACACACUGUAUUUUGCCAGCAUUACAAUACCGCUCAUGAAGUGAUGCAGAUUGCUCUGUAUAAGUGACCCAUCCUCAUUCUUUACUACUCCAGCAGUCUGCUUCUCCUUUGGAAAUUUAUCGCAAGUGAUUUUUUACAGUUUCUUCCAGAUCAUUGAUUUUUAAAAUGGAAUGCAAGGCAAGGUUUGUGGAGAGAGGUGGUAAGUUUUUAUUGCAUCAGUGACAUGAGUAGGGUGAUGGGGAAAAGCAAACAGGCCAUUGAGUUCAUGUUCCUUUUUUCCCAGAGCCUUUAAAAAAUUGUAUAGAUGGAAAACAACUAUAGUUCUUACUGAUUCCCUACUAGUACUGCAUUUUGAAAUGAGCUUUCUGUCUUCAACGUAACAUUCUGUAUUGAUAUCAUCUUGUACUGAUAUUUUAAAGGAAGUGACAUGUUCAGCUGGUUUUCAGGAGGUGAUUUUGCGUCCUGACGGGUAACACCUCAGGGCAGGUGUCUUCGUAUGAAAGAGUAAAAUUCAACCAGUUUUUCAAGACCUGUUCUCCAUGAGGCUGUGUUGAUUGACGUUUUAUAUCUAUCCUUAGCCUCAUAUGAGCCAGUUCACUAUGUUGCCCUGCUGACUGCUAAGCAAACCAGGUCAUUAAUUACUCUCUGAUCAUCCUGCUCCAGAACACCAGUGCUGUUCUCAUGGUCCUGCAGACCAUCAGGGCAGUGUUGAGACUUGUGUAACUAAUUGCACAUUUGGGCUUCUACAGCUGGGAAAGCUUUCGCUACUGAAUGUAGUCUCUGUUAUUUCAGACAACCAGUAUGUAAUCCCUAUUAUGAAGCAUCAGCUGACUUCAGGUUUUAGUAUUUAUUGUUGCUGACUUAGUGUUUUUUUGUUUCCUUCUGUGUUGCCAUUUAUUUGUCUUUGCAUCUUCUGUCAACCAAUUGGGUUUAACUGAUAAAAACUGCAGGUUACCGGCAAAUGUUGAUCUUAGGUAUAAAGUCAUUUGUAAGAAAUACAUUUGUACUCAGCUUUUGUCUACGGAGGAGAACAUAAACAUUAGUAAUAUAAACAAAGCACAAUUUUAGGAGUAUGAUCAGAUUAUAUAUCUGUGAGGAAAAUCAAUUUUUUUUUUCUUUUUCAUAUAGGGAUGAAUUGUAAUACUUUAUUGCUGACAUCCCUUAUCAUCACUCAGACUUGUUCAACAAUUAGAACUCUUUCUUUGUAGUUGUUUUUUUUUGGUUGGUUGUUGUGGGUCUGUUUUUUUUCUCAAGUUUUCCUGGCUAGAAUGAGGAUGAAUGUUCAAAACAGGAUUUAAGACCAAUAAAUGGCUUGUACCCAGGUGCUCUGACUCAUGUGACGUUGUCCAUCUCAGAGUGAAUGUCCCAAACCACCAGUGCAGCACUGGGAAGCCACAGGGGCAUCUGCUGCUGCUGAACCACAACAUGUGAUGAGGUCCUUUCUGAGAAAUGUGUCAGGCCCACGCUGAAAAUUGUGCCUGCUUGUUUGCUGCUGGAAUGAAUUAAUUGCUGCUUAAAAGCAGAAUUAAGUAGUGGGAUUGCUGUCUUGAAACUGGGUGGAGACAACAAUCAAACUGAACUCUUCUUUGAGGAAAUUCAGCUUUGAAAGCAAUUGCUAGUCCAGACUUGAAUAUAAAUUCCACAGAACAUGAACAGCUUGUGAAAUAUUGACUGAACAAAGACUUAAUUUAGUAACUUUUAAUAUCGUACCUAAUGUCUUCAGCUGUUCGCUUGGUCUUGGAAUGGUAGAUGGUACAUUUUGUGAUUUUAAAGACAUUAGCUUAAAUUGUUUACAUUUUUACUAGUUAUGUGAUUUUAUUUUUUUUCUAUGUUAAUUAUAUUACUAGUUAUUUUAUGGUAGUUUGUACGUAUUUGGAAAUACUGUUGUAGUAUUCAGAGUUGAUUUGUAAUUAAUGUAGAUUGCCUUAAUAGCAAAAUGCAGAUUUGGAAACUAAUGUAUUGUGAAACAUUAAACCAGAAAUCUCUCUUUGCUGCUAACACUGUAUUUCUGUUAAAAUAUGCAAGUUAAAUUAAAAACGUUUCUAGAGAA